UCAAACCAUAGUACAAAAACUCUCACACAUGGAUUGCAACAUUCCUAUUCCUAUCUCUUCCACUUCAGGGUCAUCUUCAAAGGCAAAAGAGAAGAAAAAGGCUGUGAAGAAAAGCAAAGGAUCAUCGGUGAAACUUUCAACUGAUCCACAAAGUGUUGCUGCGAGAGAAAGAAGACAUAGAAUCAGUGACAGGUUUAAGAUUCUUCAGAGUAUGGUCCCUGGUGGAAGUAAAAUGGACACUGUUUCUUUGUUGGAAGAAGCUAUUCAUUAUGUUAAGUUUCUUAAGACACAGAUUUUGUUUCAUCAAACAAUGAUUAACUUUGUUGAUGAUGUUGAUCAUGAGGCUUUCUCACCAAUGUUCCUUCCUAAUGAUAACACCAUUGAUCAACAUAACAUUUUAGGUUCGGUUGAAUCUGGACAGAAUUUACCACAGUUGCCACUUGAGCAGUUUUGUUUUCAACAAGGUGAUGAAGAUGGCAAAAACAUGUUUAAUGCUAGUAUGAAAUAUUAGUCACCUUAAUUAAUUAAUUAAUGUCUCUAUCUUGUUUUUUUUGGUACUAGUAUAUGUAAAUUAGAUGUGAACUUUUAUAAUGGUUAAAAUGCUAUAUAUGUAGUGUAUCUUAUCAGUGAUGUUAAUGUAGCGAAAGUUUCAAUGUGGAUUUUGCAUGUAAUUGUUGCAUAGUAAUACUAGUAGCGUAUUGUCUAUUAAAAAGCACUUUAUUCUAUGUGCUAAUUUGGAACAUGUAUGGUUUUAGCAAUUA